AUGGAGGGCUGUAGGGAUGUAGCAGCAGGGAGUCAUCUUCCACCAGGUUUGUGUGCGCUUAAUGUACACCCCAUCGUCAUCACCAGAGCCUUAGAUGGAUACCGGCUACAUGGUAUACCCGCCAGGAGGCAUGCUGGAGGUCGGCAAAAGAUCACAACACCAGCUCAGGAUCGGUGUUUGAGUACUACUUAUGUGGCCCAUCGAUUGGCACUGGCUGUAGCACAGGCUGUGAAAGGGGUUCCUUACCUCCCAAGGUUUAAGGAUAUCCUUGGGGACCUCCAUAGGUUUUAUGAUCACAGUCCAGUACGCACAUCAGGCCUGAAGGACAUACAGAAAUUGCUGAAUGAGCCAGUUCUCAAGCUGGUAGAAGCUAAAGAUGUACGGUGGCUGAGCCAUGACAAGGCAACAAGCACGCUGAUGAAGUGCAUUCCUUCAGUGUUUACAAGUCUGGAACGGGAGGCUGAGGAAAGGAAUGAUGUCAGGGCAGCAGGACUUGCAAAGUUCACCCAGGACCAUCGCUUUGUUAUGUCUCUUCAUAGAUGUGCGACACUCUACCUCAUCUCACAGAACUAUCAACUGCCAUGCAGGCCCGGGAUGCUAUUUACACUACUGUAAAACCACUUGUGACUGGGACACUGUCCAUUCUGCGGGGUCUGCAGACCAUGCCAGGGGAGGCCUACCAGAGUGCAGUGCAGAGGGUAAAGGACCUUCAGGCUCAGGGGUUCAACAUCAAGCCUCCUUCUGAGCAAGAGACUGUAAACUUUAGAGA